AUGUUAGGCAUCCUGUUUGCCGUUGCCUCGGCUAAGAGGGCUCAUAGGCAUCGCCGCAUGAUGGUUCCUCAAACAAAUGGUGCGGGAACUGGCGUAGUUUUUGCCGGAGGCCUCGGCGCAAAUAUUAGAUCUGCUCCAAGCACAAGUGCUUCAAUUCUUGGAGUUGCUGGUGAUGGAACCCAAUUAACAGUCACAGGACAUCAAAACGAUUGGUGGCAAAUCGACAGAAACGGACAAACAGGUUUUGUUCAUGCAGAUUUACUCCAUGUUAGAGGCAAAGUUGACGCUGAUAUUGGCCUCAACAUUCGUGCUGGCCCAGGAACAAACUACGGAAGAGUUGGCGGACUCGGAAAGGGCGCAAUUAUUACAAUUUAUGAUGUUUCCUCAAAUUGGUACAAAGUAGACCAAGGAUGGGUCUGCGCCGAUUUCGUUUCCCUCGUACCUGGUGGCUCUGGACCAACUCCAUCAGGCCCAGUCAUCAAACAGUACGACGCCAGGUUCAACCAAAACAUCAGAAACUGGGGAUGUGCAUUCAUGUCACUCUGCUGGCUUGGCGGAGUCAACUACAUCGAUGGAUGCAAUGCCAACUAUAACUUGGCCGUCAGCAGAGGCUGGAUGUCUGCUGGAUGCUACAUCAAUAGCUGGUAUGCAAUUAUUCCACUAACAGGUGCCAAAUCAUGCCGCAUUGGUGGAAGAUACGCUCCAGUUAAUGGAAACGAGAAAGAAAUUCUCCAAUGCAGGAAUCCAAGAGUUGAAAGCCAUUUCGUGGUUGGAAACAAGAAUGGCGGUAUCGAAUAUGAUCCGGGUUAUGAGGGCUAUGUCUCCUAUAACGACCACGUUCAGAAAAUCAUAUACGCUUACUAA